AUGAGCCUCCUGCCCAGCUGCGCUGCCCGCGUGCCCGGCUCUUCGGGGUCUCUUUGUGUCCUGCUGGCACUGCUGCUGCUGACGCCGCCCAGGCCCCUGGCCAGCGCUGCUCCUUCCUCGGUCUUAAUGACAGAGCUGCGUUGCGUGUGUUUAAGCAUCACUACCACGGUUCAUCCCAAAAUGAUCAGUAAUCUGGAGGUGAUCGCCGCAGGUCCGCAAUGCCCCAAAGUGGAACUGAUAGCCACCUUGAAGAACGGGAAGGAAAUCUGUCUGGACCCAGAAGCCCCUUUGGUCAAGAAAAUCUUCCAUAAAAUUUUGAGCAGGUCAAAGACAAGGUCCAUCAUGCUCAACUCAGUUCCUAGGACAGUGCCUACUCAGCUCAUAAUGUUACAGAUUGAGAAAUUUACCAGACAGGAUGAGCACCUGGGCAUUUCAGUUUGCCCUCCUGACCGAAUCAUGGAAGAAGACAAGGGAAGUGCACAUCAUUCUGAUUUUGGCUGA